AUGAUUAAAGUUAUCAGCGGAAUAAAAUACGGAAGUCUUCCGGAAACGCUGGGAUUGGUAUACAAUGCCCUUUUCAGAGGUUUCAUUGAAUAUGUUUCGGGUAUCUACGGAUCAGCCAGUGCUACCAAUCUUUCAAGACUAGACAAAAUAAACAACGCUUGCCUACGAAAGGUAACAGGAUGUACUAAGACGACACCUCUUAACACCUUGCACGCUCUGGCAGCUCAAGUUCCUCUUCGCUUCAGAAGACUAAAGGUGAUAGGACGACAAGUAGCAAAGCAUUGUUAUGGAAAGACUCCAAUUUGGCAACAACUAUCUCAGCCAAGUAUAAACGAAGAAAAUCGACUAUCACUGAUUGAGAAAAUAUACCAAAAUAACAAACACAUUUUAAUCGAUAUGUCCUCACUAAUCAAAAGUAACCUGCGAUUUGAAGAUACACAAAUAUGUACGACAUUGAACAAUGAUUUGUGGCCUAAAAAGAGAACAGACGUUAAGGUACUGAAGCAACUCACCUUAUUUCUGAUACACGGAACGUAUAAGGACCGACAAGUCAUCUAUACUGAUGCUUCUAGCGACGGAGAAGUCUGCGGUAUUGGCGUCUAUCAUGAGACAAGAAACAUCAAAAUUAGUCGACGCCUAAAACAUUUCGUGUGCAUCAUGUCUGCUGAGCUAGAAGCCAUCCUUGUGGCACUGAAGUACAUAUCGACGAAUUCUCUAUCUGGCGCUGUAAUUAUGACAGAUUCGAAAUCUGGUUGUGAGUUAUUAAGAAGCAGCAUAACUAAACGUGAACGAGAUCAGAUAGUACAACAGAUUCUUCACAUGGCAACAACAACAGGAACAAUAAUUCAGUGGAUACCCGGUCACACUGGUGUCAACGGCAACGAAAUGGCAGACCAACUGGCCAAAGCUGGACUCAGCAAUCAACAUACCUGUAACAACAAAAUAAUGAUACAUGAUGCAAUGAACUAUUUUGGCUCACUUAGUGAAGAAGUGGCACAGCAAUGGUAUCUGAAUUACACGAGCGAACUGGGAAAGGGUCGCAAGUUCUUCCAGAUCAGCAACACAAUCCCGAAAAAAACCCUGGUACCACAAAUUACCUCUAGAUAA